CUCACGGGCCGGAGGUGACACCCAGCUACAGCAGUGCCAUGUCUGAGCCGGUGCUCCCUGAGGUGCCCCCCACAGUGGGCCCUGUGUACGGGGAGAAGCCCAGUGCAGUGGACUUCAGUUAUGUGGGAAUUGACGCCAUUCUGGAGCAGAUGAGGAGGAAGGCCAUGAAGCAGGGCUUUGAGCUCAACAUUAUGGUAGUCGGGCAGAGUGGUUUGGGUAAAUCCACACUGAUGAACACACUGUUCAAGUCAAAGGUUAGCCGCAAGUCUGUGCAGGCCACAGCCCAGGAGAAGAUUCCCAAAACUAUUGAGAUCAAGUCCAUCAGCCAUGACAUCGAGGAGAAAGGUGUGAGAAUGAAACUGACUGUAAUUGACACUCCAGGUUUUGGAGAUCAAAUCAACAACGAAAACUGUUGGCAGCCCAUCAUGAGAUUCAUUAAUGACCAGUAUGAAGCAUACCUUCAAGAGGAAAUCAACAUCAACAGAAAGAAAAGGAUCCCCGACUCCAGGGUCCACUGCUGUAUAUACUUCAUUCCUCCCACUGGCCACUGUCUUCGACCUCUAGAUGUUGAAUUUAUGAGACGUCUAAGUAAAGUGGUCAACAUUGUUCCGGUCAUUGCCAAAGCAGAUACGUUAACCCUGGAGGAGAGGGACUUCUUCAAGCAAAAGAUCAGAGAAGAACUAAGAGCCAAUGGGAUUGAUGUUUACCCCCAAAAGGAGUUUGAUGAGGACCAGGAGGACAGAAUGAUAAAUGAAAAGAUCAGAGAGAUGAUACCAUUCGCUGUGGUGGGCAGUGAUCAAGAGUACCAGGUCAAUGGCAGAAGGCUGUUGGGCAGAAAAACCAAGUGGGGAACAAUUGAAGUCGAGAACAUUGCCCACUGUGAAUUCGCCUAUUUAAGAGAUCUUCUCAUCAGGACCCAUAUGCAGAACAUAAAGGACAUCACCAGUACCAUCCAUUACGAGAUGUACCGCGUACGUCGACUGAAUGAGAACAACACAGGAGCGGUACACACUAACGGCCUCUCUGACCACUCUGCUCACGAGAUGUAACCAGCGCCCCCUGCUGACUUUACUCGCACACUACUCCACAUCCGCAUCGCUGGUGGGAGACAGGCUUCAGAGCUCCCCAGAAGGGACUUGUGAGGGGCAGCGGCUGAAUGGACUGUUUAUGUCAGCUACUAUCCUCACGCUCUGAAGCACCAUGCAGAGCUCUGUAAUGUGCUGCUGUCUGAAUAUACAUGCUUUCUGAUCUUAUUUUACAUUUUAAUCUGUAACACCAAAGUUUAAGCAUCUGCCAAAUGACUAAAGACAUUUGCCAAAUUGUUUUAAUGAAAAUCUAUUCCACAUUUUUAGCAGUAUGUUAGGCCUACUUACCAUGCAUGCAGGAAACAUGAUUGAUCAAUCUGAUGGAUGUAAAAAGAUGGACUGAUUUAAGGCCAAAGAUAUUAGCAGCUCGUAACGCUGAUAUAUGUCAACAUGGCAGAAAAUACAUUCUGAUUUACUUCACUUAAUUUUAGCCUGUUUCUGUUUUUUGACUUCAAUGUGAGCUUGAAUGUGUCAAUUUGUUAUACACUUUGAUGUUUGUUUAAAUAUCUUAGAGUGAUUAUUUUAAGAUGAAAAGUAUAUGCACAUUUUAAAAUGUGAACAGUUGAACCACAGUUGCCCAUUUUAACACUAUCAAUAUCCUUGCCUCACAGUGCCUUAUUUAUCGGCAAUUGCUGGCUAUUAGAUGUACCUGAAACUGGAGUAUAGGUUAGUUUGUACCACGCUGACAUGACUUACAGUUUGUGUUUGUACAAAUAUGCAUAAGAUAUAUCUAUUUUUGACCAGCCCAGUUAUUUCUUUGCAAUAUACAACUCUGUCCCACAAAAUGGCUCUUUUUGACGUCAAUGUCUUCUUGUAUUUCCUAAUGUGUCUUAUGUUUUUGUACUAUUAAUAACAAAUGUUUAUCUUAUUUUAAAUAAAGAAUAUUAAAAUA